UUUUCAAAUGUCAUCAAAUUAAUUUGAUAUAGGUUUAUGAAUAAUAUACCUAGUUUAUGUUAUACAAUAAUGAGUGAGUCUCGUAUAUAUUUAUGUGUCACGUAGAUGUCAAGUUAGUGAGUUCACCUCAAAACUUGUUUCGUGAAUAGAAGACAUUAUAAAUUAGUUAAAAGUUUCAAGAUGCCCAUUUAAAUAUGAUAAAUCGCCAAUCUAAUGAAUUUAUUUGUGUUUGUAUAUUUGCUGUCUUACUAUUUUCAAUCCCAUAUACAAAUGGGAUAAAUAACAAUUAUUUUAAAAUGUUUCCAAAAAUUGGUGAAAAUGUUACACUAAAAUGUAGCAGUAAUAAUAUAAAAAGUUCUAAUGUGUUGUGGCAGAUGAAUCAUAAAGAAUUACCUGGUCGAGCUAAAGUUCUAGAUAAUGGAGAUUUAUUCAUUUCAUCAUUUGAUACAUCUGAUGCUGGUGUCUAUAUUUGUGAUCUAGCAGCUGCUAGUGGUUAUGUUGGGCAUGUUCCACUGACUGAAUUUGAACUAAAACCAAAAAGUGUACCUGGAUCCUUGAUAGAUGUAAGAGUUAUACCUAAUACUGUAUUAAUGCUCAUCACAUGGAAAGAAAUAGAAAACAAUGAUGGAUCUCCUGUUAAGAAUAUAACCAUUAGGUAUAGAAUUAUAGAUGAUAGAAUUUCAAGAGAUGAUUGGAGUGUUCUUCUAGUAAAUCCAUUUAAGAUUCACAAAGAAAUUUAUUCACUGCGUCCGAAUACUUUAUAUAAAAUUCAAAUUUGGGCCACCAAUGAAAUAGGUGAUGGGGCCAAAACCGAGUUGACCACUAAAACAUUAAGUGACAUGACAGAAUCUGAGUUGGAGAAACACCUUUUGGAAGGCAUUGAUACAUUCGAUACCAGAGCGUGGACAUUUGCAGUAAUUGUGAUCAUGAGUACCUUUAGUAUAUUUGUUCUAGCAUUGUGUUGUUUAUUUGUGAAGGAUCCUAGAGUGCAAAAAAGGUUGGAAAACCAUGAUGAUGUUGAACGAAUUGAGUUAAUACCAAAUAUUACUAUAAAUCCUGGUUAUUGUGAAACAUAGCUAAGAUUUGAAUACACUGAUACUAAUUUUUGAGUCAGUGUGUAAUCGAGUUGCUGUUUGAUAUUUAUCUCAAUCAAUUUUUUGUAUUGUUUUAUUUUUUAUUUUUGACAUUUUGUUUGAUUUCUGUAUCAUACUAUACAAGUUAAAAAUUAGAUAUUCACUAUUUUCGAGGUGUUUUUUUAAGAUACAUUACUAUCUAAAUCCUAGAUUAAAUAUAUUAGUACAUUAAUUACCAAAAUAUGUUACAUUUUAAUCUAUGUCCAAAUUUAUAAAUCUAACAUAUUUUGUUUUGUGUAUUUUUUAUCAAUUGUACAUUUUUAUAUUUAGAAGAUAAGUUAUAUUUGUGCUAAAAAUAUCAAGUUAUCUUAUCUGAGAUUUGAUUUAGUAAAAAUUCUAAGUCAUUUAAUUUAACUAUGGUAAUGUUGAUCUUAUAGUUCUUAAAGUAUUUUUAAGAGGUGCUUAAGUGUAGGGUGCUUACUAAAACAUAACAAAAUCGUUAACAAAAGACAUAUUAUGUAGAAAUAGAUUAAAUUGUAUUUUGAUAGGCUGCACAAUAUUUAUUUCAUAUUAUAUUUAUCC